UCCAUGACUGGAGCAACAUCGUUCUAGGUGUGCGCAUUUUCAUUCCGUUUUAUCGUCCCGAGCGUUAAUAGCGCCAAUCCUCGCGCUGCCCUCCUAGUGUAGAACAUAUUCGGCUCACAAGUGAAACACGUGUUUUGGAGUUCAUCAACGAUAGCCUAGAGAAACUGAUUUUUUGAAACGGUUCUCGAGUGAAACUACAACAGCGACGGCGCCAAGAUGACUGCGGAGAAAGCUUGCAACUCACCAGGAUCGCUCAAACCGGACAGGAAAAUCGUUAAACUCUAUCUAGCAGCCAUUGGGGCAAACAUCAUCUCGCUGUCGCUAGGAACGGCGAUCGGAUGGUUGUCACCCUUCUUGCCGCUACUCAUCUCUCACGAAUCACCGUUGGAGCACGGCCCGGUAACAGAUGUACAGGCCACCUGGAUUGCGUCACUGCUGUGUAUUGGUGCGUUCUUUGGAACGUUCCUGUUCGGUUGGAGUGCCGAAAAAUUUGGUCGAAAAAUGUCGCUACUAGCGACGGCCGUACCCUUGGUAGGGUUCUGGGCUUGCGUUGCCUUUGGGACCUCCGUGGAGCUAUUGUACGCGGCCCGUCUGCUAGCCGGCCUCGGCGCUGCCGGGGUGUUUCUGCUGGUGCCGAUGUACAUCACGGAAAUUGCGGAAGACAGGAUUCGCGGAACGUUGGGUUCGUUCUUCAUUCUUUUCCUUAACAUCGGAACACUGGUAUCGUUUGUGAUGGGCAGCUAUCUCUCGUACCAUCUUACCGCGUACAUACUCUGUACACUGCCCAUCGCAUACCUGGUCGUGUUCUUUCAAUUCCCCGAAACACCACAGUACCUGAUACGAUGCAAUCGCGUUAGAGAUGCCGAAUGUUCGCUCAAGUAUCUCCGUGGCUACACUUCUACCCCGGAUCACCUGGAAAUGUUGCGCACGGAAAUGGAUGGGCUGCUGCAGAUGCAGGUGACCGUUGAAAAAAGUGCCGAUGGAACUACGGAGCAAGGCGGCAUUUCGCUGGCCGAUUUUGCCUCUCCCUCGGCUCGUAAAGCUCUGCUGAUCGGAUUGGUACUAGUGUCGCUGAAUCAGCUGUCCGGAUGCUUUGCGCUGAUUAACUAUACGGCGCAAAUUUUUGCCGAUGCUGGGUCCGACCUUGACCCGAACAUGGCCGCUAUUAUAGUGGGCGCAAUUCAGAUUAUUGGUUCGUAUGGAUCCACCAUCGUCGUUGAUCGCUGCCAAAGAAAGCAUGUUUACAUCGUUACGAGCUUCCUGGCGGCCAUCGGACUGUUUGCAAUGGGGACGCACGGAUACUUGAAAAGCCAGCGCAUCGAUGUAAGCGCCAUCAACUGGAUCCCGGUGGCUAGCCUUUCGUUUGUCAUUUUUAUCGCUUCCGUUGGUUUGCUACCGUUAACGUUCGUCAUACUUUCGGAGAUUCUUCCCCCCAAGGUGCGCAGCCUAGGAGGUUCGCUAUGUACCGCCUUUUUGUGGACAAUCAGCUUCCUGGUGGUAAAAUACUACCCCGUUAUGGUAGAGCUUGUAGGUUUGCACGGUUGCAUGUGGAUGUUUAGUGCCGUGUGCCUUUCGGCGGGUCUGUUCAACGCUAUCGUCAUACCGGAGACGCGUGGCCGUAGCAUAGAACAGAUUAUACAUGCUAUGGAAAAUGACAUUAAGAGCUAACUUUUCGGAGUUCCAGAGCAGC